AUGGAACCCAGCAACUCGCCCCCAGCCGCGGCCGAGGUAGCGGAAGGCAGCAGCACCGGCGGCGACGGCAGGAAGAAGGGCAAGGCGCCCAAGGGCGGGCCGGAGAACGGCAAGUUCCGGUAUCGUGGCGUGCGGCAGCGGAGCUGGGGCAAGUGGGUGGCGGAGAUCCGGGAGCCUCGGAAGCGCUCCCGCAAGUGGCUCGGCACCUUCGCCACCGCCGAGGACGCCGCGCGCGCCUACGACCGCGCCGCGCUCCUCCUCUACGGCCCGCGCGCGCACCUCAACCUCACCUCCCCGCCGCCGCCGUCGCUCGCCGCGCCGCGCUCCCACUCGCACUCCUCGGCGUCCGCGUCCGCGCCGCCCGCGCUCCGGCCGCUCCUGCCGCGCCCGCCGCUGCACCAGCAGUCCGGCGCCGGUGCCCCUGCGGCCCCGGCCUUCCACCAUCACCAGUUCCAGUACCACCUCCUGCCGCCGCCGCAGCAGCCGACGCCGCCGCUGUACUACGCCGGCACGGCCACCGCGUCCACGGUCACAACCACGGUGCCGCCACGGGUUGAGCCGCAGGAGCCGGUGGCAGUCGCGCCCGCAGUGGGCUCCUCUACGUCACUACUGGAACCGCAGGCGGGCACACCGGAGGAGGCGGCAGCGGAGGCGGGCUGGGAGUACAACGUCGGCGAGGAGGAGGAGGACUACGCGGCUGCGCUGCUCUGGGACGAGCCGGAGCCCUUCUUCUGGUUUGAUGUCUUCCUCAAGUGA